AUGGACACGCCUGAACCAUCUCUAAGGGUACUGUUUCAUCAAGCAAAGAAGCAGCAAGAGGGACUGGACAGUCUCGACCCUCGGAGUGCAGACUUCAAGCAUGCACUUCAAUCCAUCAUCGACAACCUCGAGCAAUGUCGCAACUUGAUUCGAGACCUGUCCUUGUUCAGCACGAACGAGGAAGUAGAAGACAUCUCUACCCAAGACCUACAAUAUCUGACGGUGGACUGUCUACUGGCAGAGGUCAAGAUCAAAGGAUAUGGCGAACACCGGCAGGUGUCAUUGCAAGACGCGGCGGAGCUGUUCGAACACUUCUUGACCCGGCUAGAUCAAUACGGUCUAUUAGGUACCUCGGAUCGGAAACUUUACGAACGCUACCUCGAACAACGUAGUUCGUUCAGAAUAGUCUCCUCGAACAGCCCCGAGGAAAAACGCAGGAUCAAGAUUUCUCGCUUCCAGGAAGAAAAAUCCUUGAAGCAAAAACUCCAGUAUCUGAGAGACGAGUCGCAAAAGGCAAAUGUUGAUGAUGAGACUAUUAGGAGCCUGUAUCUGGCCGAGAUUGCUUUCUUGGUCAACAAGGCCUUCUCAUCUUUGGAUAUGAUAACACAGGAAUUGGAAAUUUUGUCUCAAAUGCGGCACGCUGAGCCAGUCAAACCAGGUCCCCCACCUCCGGACCAGAGAUUUCCUGCGCGACCUGAAAGUUAUUCUGAGCGUCUAGAUGGACCCGCCGCAAUGGCAGGACUAGCAAAGCGAGGAGGUCCCUUACUUAGCCCUAGCGGAAAACCUCUUCAGCCAUUUACCCUAACAGACAAACGGACCCAAUUGCGACAAGGUGUGUUUAGGGCGGGACACAACCUCCCGACCAUGAGCAUCGACGAAUACCUCGAAGAGGAGCGGCGGAGAGGCGGCAUUAUCGACGGUGGAGGAAAUGCUAAUGCGCCUCAGCCCGAGCCCGAUGAGGACAAUAUGGAGCAAGUUGACGCUGCCACGAUGAAGGCGCGAGAGUGGGAUGAAUUUGUCGAGGCAAACCCGAAAGGUGCUGGAAAUACAUUGAACCGGGGGUGA